AUGGUGUGGGCUGUAACAACAAUCAUCACAGAAAGAGCGGCGGGCACGCAAAGCGUACACGGUCUCCAUGGCUCCCGCUGGGUGCGCGCCUGCGCGUCCCCCGCUGAGCGCAGUUGCCAUGACAACGGCUGGGCGCUUGGAGCUGAGCGACCCCUGCACCUUCUGAAUGCUCUCAGGAAAAUCCCACCUCAGCCCCCGGACCGACCUGCUCUUCCCGUGGUGCACAUUCCAGAUCUUUUAGGAUCCCCGGUGAGCUCCUUCACGCGGUGCUGGCGGCCUUCGGCGUGCCCCGGCCCGGUAACGGUUCGCCCAGAAGCGUGCUGUCCCCGAAGAUCCCGGCAGCCACAAAGGCCCCAGAGACACCGUUGUGCUCUGCGCUCGGGCCGAGGGAAAGGACUGUGGGACUUGCUUCGUCACGCACAACGUUGCAUCCGGAUGAAGCUCUGCAAGCCUUUGGGGACACCAGCAUCCGAGGUCAUCAAGUCAGUUGCCUUCUGCCUUUCAGCCUUCAACUCCAUCCACUUCUCUCACCAUCCGAGCACUGGCUCCUUUUUCCUGUUUACCUUACAACCAUCUCACCCUUCCCUGUCCACGCUGUGCAUUGUUGAAUGUCUUCACCAUUCUGUCACCUAUAAGCCACCUCCUUCCGCUUCCCUACAGCGAGGCUUUGCAUGGCUGCACAUUUCUCAUCCUUCAGCCCUGCAGUCCCUGUAAGGAGUUUCCGUUUCUCUGCACUGUUGCAAAUUCUCUGACUUGGGUUGAACUUGAGAUAGGCGAAGUAAACGUUGCAAAUACAUACAUUAGGCUGUUGCAAACCUAUGGUAUUUUGAAAACAAAAAAAAAAUUAUUAAAUGUUAGUUUUGAACUUCUUGACAGCCGUAUAUACAGAUACCAUAUGUGAAAUUUAAAUUCUGUUCCUUGUUAAGUACUGUUAGACACAAAUUUAAGCAAUAUGUUCAUGCUUGUAAAAAUGCCGCUCAAAAAUGACUGCAGAGCAGAAUUUUGACUUUUAGGCCAAAGUACAUCCAACACCCGGGGAUUGUGGGAUUUGCCAGAGUGGGGAUACUUGAAACUGUUUGUGUAUCUCUCUCUCU